AUGGUUUCACAAAUGUCUAUCAUAAUUUAAUUGUUUAUUUAUUAAAACUAAUUAAAAUUGAUAUAAUUUAUUUUUAAUUAAUGACAAAAGAAAAGAAAGAAUAGUUCAUCUUCAUCAUCAUCCUGGACUUUAUCUUCUUCUGAGAAAAAGAUCUUUGUUAACGAAUGUAACAAAUAUAAGGAAAAAAGAUAGUCUAAAAUUUGGAUACAUUUCUACUUCAAAAAGAUUUGUACAUUAGAGGAUUACGAUGAAUUUUUGUUUUAUUUAUAUGGAAGAAUAUAAAAGGCUGUAAGAAUCUCUCUUUCUAAAAGAGCGUCCAUGAGAUUUGUUACGAAUUAGUUCUAUUAAUAAGAAAACAUAAACUAUAGAUGUAGAGUGGGAUUCAAAUAUGAUGACGAUGAACUCAAAGUUUAUUAGGGAAAAGUUUCCGUAAAAACAAAAGAUAAGCUUUUUGCCAAUCUUAUCAAAAGUCUACACUGAAAUGUUAUAAGAACAAGGGCAUAUAGCCAAAGAAUAAUUGAAGGAUUUUCUUAAGUCUCAAUAGAAAGAAUUGAACUGA